UUCUUAACUGGAGACCCGCUGAUUGAUACUUCGACAGUUCUGUGUAGAUUGGAGUGACACAACAGCAGGGUCCAGUUUAGGUUAUAUUCUUGUCAUACCUCUAACCAAGGAGGUUAUAUAAAUUUAACCAUCUUGUACUAGUCUUUGUUCUAAAAUGAGAACUACUCGAUGUCAGUUCAUCUCAACACUUGUGUCUGUGUUUAUAGUUUCAAGCUCACAGGAAAAAGAUCCGUCUGGAUUUAGAGAUUUUUUCAGGACAAAUUUUGAAGAAUUUGACAACAAACCUUUGAGAUUUUCUCAUCCUGUUCCUAGUUGGCUAAAGUUGAAAACUGCAGUAACUGUUAUUCGAAAUGGAGGUGAACGGUUCGAAGUUGGAGAACGUUCAUUCAUGCACGCGUUUGAUGCUUUGGCAAAACUUCACAGUUUCACGUUUCAUGGAAAUGGAACGGUAGCAAUGUCUGCAAGAUUUCUUAGAACAACCUACUUUAAUGAAUCGAUUGCUGCGAAUACAAUCGCUCCGUAUGCUCAAUUCGGGCCACUUAAUCCACGUUUUGAUAUGUUCGAGAAAAUGGAGGCCCUUGCUAACCAGAUUGACAAUUUGAAUGUAAAUAUUUACAGAAUACGCAACGCAAAGAAAGGUAAUUUCGAGUACAUGACAGUAAAUGACGUAUGGGAAGUUUACCAAGUGUCAGAUCGUUCCUUGAAAACUUUGAAGCUAAUUUCACCACCAACCAGUGUGAAAACACAUCUUUAUUUGCCAAUACUUUCUUCUGCUCAUCCUGUGAAGGAAUUUAGCAGGCAAACGUACCUUACAUUCUUAAUGAGUGUACCUGAAUUGCCAUUUCUCAAGAGUUUUGUAACAUUAUAUCGGAUGUCAUCAAUAGGGGACAGAGAAAAGAUUGUCACGUGGUAUUUAGAAGCACCAACGUACAUGCAUUCAUUUUCUGUUACCAAAAACUAUGCAAUUUUUAUUGGCCAACCUGUCUCAAUAAACGUAUGGAAAAUGUUUAAAAAAGGAAAUAUAGUCGAAGCUAUGGAAUAUCGGUAUAACGAUCCGACAUAUAUUUAUGUUGUUAGUUUAAGAUCGAAAAAGAUAACAACGUUAAAGUAUGACAAAUUCGUGUCCUAUUUUCACCACAUAAAUGCGUAUGAACAGAGAAAACAUAAAAUUAUUGUAGAUAUUUGCACUCAAAAUUCUUCAAACAUGCACACAAUGGAAAUGCCUUAUAUACGUUCUCCAACACUUAGGAACAAGGUUCCACUGUAUUAUGGUAUAAAGCGAUUUGUCAUCGAUCUCAAUUACGAUAAAUGGGCUUUAGUUAAGAAAGAUGUGUGUGGACAUGGAGUCGAUUUAUCUUGGACAAUCGAUAAUCACUACCCAUCGGAACCUUGGUUUGUGCCUACCCAAAAUGGAAAGAAGGAAGACGACGGUAUUUUAAUGACACAUGUAUUUGAUGGCAUACGGAAAGAAAGUUAUCUUGUUUUGAUUAAUGCCGUCACUAUGAAAACAAUAAGCAAGGCAAACUUACCAACUAAUGUGCCUUUCAGUACUCACGGCAGGUUCUUUCCUGACGAAUAAGUAAAAUGCUGUCUUAUU